CCUCGCCGGCCCGCGCUCUGUGCCUUUAAGGUCCACUGGGGGCGUGAUGUCAGCCGCCCGCGGGCACCCGAAGCGGGGAGUGGGGCAGCCCGGUGUGGAGGAGGACCUGCCUGCAGGGAAUCCGUGUCCCUGACUUCACCCGUCUGGCGCGCUUGCCCGCAGGCCCUGUCCAGAAGACAUUGAAUGGGCACUGACCCAGCUCCAGGAAAGCCAGGCGCCGCGGCCGGGGCCAUGGGCAACUUCCAACUGGAAGACUUUGUCGCGGGCUGGAUCGGAGCUGGUGCAAGUUCGAAGUCCAGGGGCUGAGUAACCAGCAAGUCUUCUUGAUCCCCAGGUGCAGCCAGCGUCGUCGUCGGCCACCCUCUGGAUACAGUCAAGGCUCGCCUGCAGGCUGGCUCUGGCUAUGGGAGCACCCUCAGCUGCAUUCGCAUGGUGUACAGGAGGGAGAGUGUGUUUGGCUUCUUCAAGGGCAUGUCCUUCCCCCUUGCCAGCAUCGCCGUCUACAACUCGGUGGUGUUUGGGGUCUUCAGCAACACACAGAGGUUCCUCAGCCACCACCGGUGCCGGGAGCCUGAGGCUGGCCCACCCCAUGUGCUGUCUGACCUGCUUCUGGCCAGCAUGGUGGCCGGUGUGGUCUCUGUCGGGCUGGGUGCUCCCGUGGACCUCAUCAAGAUCCGGCUGCAGAUGCAAACACAGCCAUUUCAGGAAGCCAACCUCGGUUUGAAGCCCAGAGUGGCAGCUCUUGGGGAGCAGCCAGCCUAUCAGGGGCCUGUGCACUGCUUCACAACCAUCGUGCGGACAGAAGGCCUGGCGGGGCUGUACCGGGGAGCCAGCGCCAUGCUGCUGAGGGACGUUCCAGGCUACUGCCUCUACUUCAUCCCCUACGUGUUCCUGAGUGACUGGAUCACGCCCGAGGCCUGUGCAGGCCCCAGCCCCUGUGCUGUGUGGCUGGCGGGCGGAAUGGCGGGAGCAAUUUCUUGGGGAACAGCAAGUCCUAUGGACGUCGUGAAGAGCCGACUGCAAGCUGAUGGGGUUUAUGUAAACAAAUACAGAGGUGUCCUGGACUGCAUCUCCCAGAGUUAUCAGAAAGAAGGUCUUAAAGUGUUUUUCAGAGGCAUCACGGUCAACGCCGUGCGGGGCUUCCCCAUGAGCGCAGCCAUGUUCCUUGGGUACGAGCUCUCGCUGCGGGCGAUCCGUGGGGACCACGUGGUGACCAGCCCCUGAGCGCCAGGUCCAGCAUCACCUGACCAGGACCUCAUUCCGCAACAGCCGAUGCCGAUGGUGGUGGCGUCUCCAGAGCCUGCAGUGGUGAAUUGACCAAAGAGAGAAAAGGCCUCCGCGCUGACCCUAAGCCAGCCGGGCUCACCUCGAAAUCCCUUCUUGCCCAGCAUUGAGUGCAGGUGGGGUGGGCAGUCUCUGGGCCUUCUUUUCACGUGGAGAGCAAAACAGAACAAAGUGAACUCCUGAUCCACAGUCUGAUUUCCAUUAUGAUGUCAUUAAUCUAAAUUUGACUUCUCACUGGAACCACGCUGGAACCACGUGGGGGACCACUGCUCUUUUGCUAUUAUGUGUCCAUGACGUCACUCCUGCUUCUGUGCCCACCAGAGACUUCCCUCAUCAGUCCUGCAGCCCCUUCCUCCUGAGGUGAAUGCAGUUUCUGAAUCCUUCUCAACACGGUGCCCUGGGGAGCUACCAUCAGCCAGCCUGAUGCAUCCGUUCCCAGCUAAAUCCCCGUGGGGAAGGUAUCUUUAGAUUCUGAACCCCCCACCCUUUUUCCCUCCUUGAAAGGGUCUUCCUUGAUUUCUCCACAGCCCCCCAUCCCCCUUGAGUGAUUAAGAGCAUGUCUCUGAACAUCCCCUCUCCUAACAGACCCAGUGCCAGGACAAAGCAUGGCUCUGGCACAAAGUCGAAAUGUUCAGUCUAGUCAGUUUAUCCUGUUACUGUAGCAAAGGGUUCCCUGCUUGAAAUAAAACCCUUAGUAUGGUC